UAUCAUGGCGGCGUACGGAGUCAGUUUUGAAAGUUCAAACAGCAUCGAAGAAAGAAAGGAAAGUAAACGACAGGCCCGACGAGAAGCGAUAGAAAAGGCCAAACAGCAGCAUGAGAGAGAAGAGAAGAGGAAGGAGCUGAAGAGGCAGAGAGGGGAGGACACUUGGAUGCUCCCUGAGGUCAACCAGAGGCUGGAGCAGAUAGAGGAGGAUGGCUCUGUGAAGAGCAAGAAGAAGAAAGAGAAGAAAUCUAAAAAGAAAAAGGAGAAGAAGAAGAAAGCCAAGAAGGAGAAGAAGACAGCAGAAGCAGGAAAUGGCUCCAGUGACAGCUCAGAGGACGCAGAGGACGAGUGGAUUGAGGCUCAGCCUCAGACUCAAGCAGCUAAACCUUGGCAGGUUUCUGACGAGUCCAAGCCUUCAGAGAGCAACCUCAGCCCAUCCCAGAAUGUCCAGAGAGAUGAAUGGAUGACCUUUGACUUCCUGACGAUGAGAACCACUUCCACAGCAGACAGGAGGGCUGAGAAAGAACGACAGAAAGAGGAGGAGAGGGCAAAGGCUCAGGCUAUUGAACAGGCUGGUUUACACAAAUUGGAGCUAAACCCGUACUGGAAGGAUGGGGGAACUGGUCUGCCCCCAGAGGAGAUGGCUGCUACUGCAGUAAAGAAAGGCCCAGUAAUUAAUGAUGGGGGUCUGAGUUGGCUGAGGAAGAGCUACCAGAGGAUGAAGGAGCAGGCAGAGAGGGAGCAGCGCAGCCUCAACGAUGUGGUGGCUGAGAGAUAUGGAUCAAUGGAAGAAUUUCAGCAGAGACUUGCCGAAGCUGAGAAAGCUGUGUAUGGACAGAGGAGGGGAGGAGGAGAAGAAGACGGCUCAUCAAGAGGCGGGUGGAGGAAAGGAGAGAAUGAGGCCAGAGAGAGAUGGAGGAGGAAAGAGGGAGAUGGGGAAGACGGAGGUCGGCGGAGAAAAAAUGAAAGAGAAGGAGACUCAUCACCCCGAGACAGAGGGAGACACCAUGGGGAGAGGGGAGGGUAUCAAGGGGAAGGGGAGGAAAGAGGUCGAGAUGGAGACAGGUAUAGAGAGAAGGACAGAGAUAGAAACAGAGAAAGAGACCGAAAUAGGGAUAGAGACAGAGAAAGGGACGGAAGAAGAGACAGAGAAAGAGAUAAUGCCAGAGAAAGGGACAGAGAUAGUGAAAGAAAUAGAGAAAGAGAUUGGCCCAGUGCUGCGUCAUCAUCAUCUGGGGAAAGUUGGAGUCAACGUUCCCUGUCCCUUGGGUCACUAAAAGGCCGCUUCCUCAAACCCUCAGAAGAUGAUGACAGUGGUGAAGUUCCAGAGCGUCGUCCUCCUCCAGCUCGGCCCUCCACAGGAUUCCUGAAACCCAGCUCUGAUGAUGAAAACUCUGGUCCACAUAACACCAGUGUACCCGCCUGGAAGAAGAGUAGCAGUGCCGGUCAAGAAUCUGGGAGCCUGGAAAAACCACAGCAGGAGAAGGAGAGGGAUCCUGGGAAAGCUGUAACUGCUGCUCAAGACGGUCUGCGUAGUGAUAAAACUGCUGUGACAACAUCAAGGAAUGAGUGUGAAAGUGAGGAAGAAGAGGAGGAGGAAGAGGAGAUUCCCCUGCUGUCAGAGGAGGAGAUGAACAGACUGGCCAGUGAGUUGGUGAAGGCAGAGAUCAAGGGCAAAACGGCCGUGGUUGAGAAGCUGAGAUCACAGCUGGAUGCAGCACGGAGAGCCAAAGAGAACCACGCUGCCCGAAAGAAGCUACAUGAAACGGCUAAAUCAAACCAGGUCCCAGGUCGCUCCACUGAAGACCAGGAGGUCCUGCUGUUUAGAACAGAUCAGUCAGGUCGGGCCUGGCCAGUCAAGCCCCCAUCUGGACCUCAGGAGCCCCACGGAGGACGACGGAAAAAGAAACCGAUUGAGACCCAUGUUGACGGGCAGCGUGUGCGCUAUUUCCAGGAUGAUGACAAUGUUGGUUUGCAAGAAAUGGUGAGGAGGGAGAAGAUGAGCACUGCACAGGAUCAGAAUGCCCUCUACUCUCGCAUGGCUGCCAAGAUGAUGGGGAAGACAGACGGCGACAACUACACGCUGGAUGACAUGUUUGUGUCGAGUGCAGCGCAGCGGGAGGGCGAGGGGAGGGAGGAGGAGAGGAUGAGGAACAGAGCCAUCGGGGAGAGUAGGAGGCUGACUGCCUCUAUGGAGAAAUGCCAGCACUGCUUCAGCAGCCAAGAGCUCCAGAAGCACCUCAUAGUGGCAAUAGGGAGCAAGGUCUACUUGAGCCUGCCUGCGGGAGUGUCAAUGACAGAGGGCCACUGUCUCAUCUGUCCUCUCCAGCAUCACUGCUCUGCCACUGGAUUGGAUGAGGAUGUCUGGUCAGAAAUGCAGCUGUUCCGGCGUACUUUGGUGCGUAUGUUUGAGUCCCAGGAGCUGGACUGUGUGUUCAUGGAAACACACAUGAACCCACGCAGGAGACAGCACAUGGUCCUAGAGUGUAUCCCACUGCCCCGAGAGCUGGGCGAUAUGGCACCUAUAUAUUUUAAGAAAGCUAUCAUGGAGUGCGAUGAGGAAUGGGCCAUGAACAAGAAGAUUGUUGACCUCUCUUCAAAAGACAUCCGACAAGCUGUUCCUCGAGGCCUGCCCUACUUUGCUGUAGACUUUGGUCUCCAGGGAGGGUUUGCUCAUGUCAUUGAAAAUGAAAAGAAGUUUCCCCAUUACUUUGGCAAGGAAGUGGUCGGAGGCAUGAUGGACUUGGAGCCACGACGUUGGAGGAAACCGAUCAGAGAGAACUUUGAUGAUCAGAGGAAGAAAGUCUUGCAGUUUGCACAGUGGUGGAAACCGUAUGAUUGUACCAAGACUGAGGGCUAGCUGGAUGCACUGACAGAAAGCUGUACGUGUUUUUUAAGUAGGGAUGAUAACACGCACACAUGUACACAGACACUGUGCAAGAGUCACAUUCGGUGAAUGUGGUGCAGACAUUAUUCAGAGUGAUGUAAAAUUUAGAAAUUAUUAUUGUGAGAACAUAGCUUUUUUUUUUUUACUUAAAUACAAAAUAAAUAAUUUGAUUCAUGCAUUAGCUGUUAUUUGUGUUACAUCAUCAAGCCAGAAAUGGUUUCCUAUCACAUCGUUUUUACAUUGAAAAACCCAAGGCCAAAAUCAGAUUUUCAAAAUAAAACCAUAAACACUGUAAUUUGUGUAUAAAGUUUUUGAAGGUAUUUCAGUGUUAAAUAAGACUCUUUUCCUAGUUUGCAUCCAAACUUUUGGAUAUUUUAUUAGAAGUUUCCUGUGGGGUGACAAUGUAAAUUACUGGCUUGUGUAAACCCCAGUAAGCAUGACCUUGUCAUAGUGAAUAGAAUUACUGUAGUGAUUUGCAUAUCAAACACAAGUAUCAGUCAAAUAGAUAUGGAGUGCUGAUUAAAAAAAAACAUUUCUCUCAGGCAGCAGUAACCACAGUAUUUCCCUUCAACCAUAAAAGUACACAUUUGUCUACAUUUUUGCCAGAUGAGUUUUACAGCAACAUAAGCAGCUGUAACUCUGUCAGCACUCACUGGAAAAUAGGAAAAAAGACAUCUGGUCUCAGAUACAUCCCUAAAACAACAAGAUUUAUUCUUAAAAGAAAUAAAAUACUCAAAAAUGAAAUAUUUUGACAACAUAAAGUCCUACAUUGGCACUCUGCUUGUAAAGCUGUGUUGACCCGUCUGCUUUUCUGGACUCUUUUGCAUAUGGGUACAUGAGAGUGUUUUGUUUCUUGUUUCUUUUUUGGAGUAAGCUUUCCAACAUAAAACAGAAUAGCGGAACAUAGUGGAAAACCUAUAAAGAAGUUCCUCGCAGCCAAGACAUGAAUUGAAGCUUUGUGUCUAUGUGUCAUACCCCCUACUUUUCAAGCUUCUUUUGUAAAUACUGGCCUCUCCUGCUCUCCAGCCCAGGGAUUUAAUUUCUUACUCCGUGGCCUCAUGAUCUUUCGCAGCUGUCAAUUCUAAGAGGUUUCAGUGUCAUCACAGCCACAUGGGCCAGUGUAUAUACACACACAUAUGCACACAACUGUUGCAGCAUCACAGUCCUCACAUCGAGUCUGACAUGCAUACACUCCUCUCAUGAGUAAUCAUCCAUCUUGCCCCCGCAUGUGACCUCAUCAUUUUUUUUUCAGCUAUGCCAUUGGCUUUUUGAUUAGCUCAUCACUUCAGGGACUCACCUUAUUUCCAGGUUUCACCUCAGACACCAUGUGGUGCAUGGGUGCAGCUGGUUAGUGCUGAAUAUGUGUGAAUCACAAAAGAUGACGACUUUGAUGUGGUUUUUAUUGUACUAUUAGUAUAUGUGAUCACACAGAAGGGGAAAAACAUCAGAAUCAGGAUUUAUUUUCUCACUCACUUACAUGCUCAGCAGUCAGAGACAUCAGUCCCUCUUCUUAGAAACCCAAAGGAGUCACUAUCUGGGAGAGUCAUAGGAAUAGGAAGAGCUGUAAGAGUACAAAUAGAAGAGAAGGGUU